AUGUCUCUGGAAACUAUCAAGACUAUCUCUCCGGCCACCAAUGAGCCCGUUGUCACCCGCGCCGGGGUUUCAUCGGAAGAUCUGAGACAGAUCCCCGAGACCGCCCAAGCUGCAUUCCGGACAUUCUCCCAGUCCACCACUCUGCAACAAAGACAGAAGAUUGUCGAGAAGGCCCUGGAUAUUCUCGAAAAGAAGCAGGAUGAGCUGGCCCGCGAAGUCACUGAGCAGAUGGGCCGGCCCAUUGCCUACACCGGUGUCGAAGUCGCGACCGCAAUCAAGCGCAGCCGUUACUUGACACGCAUCAGCACUUCGGUGCUUGGUGAGGAAGGUAUUGUGCCUGGAGAAGAAGAAAAGGGCUUCAGACGGUAUAUCAAGCGUUCACCUGUUGGUGUUGUGCUGAUUAUCUUCCCUUGGAACUACCCCUACCUCACACUUGUGAACAGCUUGAUCCCCGCCAUCCUCGCUGGAAAUGCCGUUAUUCUCAAGCCCUCGCCCCAAACCCCUACAAUUGUUGAGCAGUUCGCCUCGGCUUUUGCUGAAGCUGGUCUUCCCAAUAAUGUGCUCCAAUUCUUCCACAGUGGAUCCUUUACUCUCAUUGAGACCCUGGUGCGCUCGCCAUUAGUGAACCACAUCUGCUUCACCGGCUCAGAGGCGGGUGGUCUGGCAGUGCAAAAGGCAGCUGCGGAUCGUAUUGUGAAUGUUGGUCUUGAGCUGGGCGGUAAGGACCCGGCCUACGUGCGAGAGGACGUGGAUCUUGCCUGGGCCGCCGAGGAAGUCGUUGAUGGAGCUAUCUUCAACAGCGGACAGAGCUGCUGCGCCAUCGAGCGUGUCUAUGUCCAUGAGAAGGUCUACGACGGCUUCAUUGCGGAAUUAAAGAAGGUUCUGAGCAACUACCGUGUUGGCGAACCCUCCGAUCCUAAGACCCAAAUUGGUCCCGUUGUGUCUAAGCGUGCCAAGGAGGCUAUCCUCGCCCAAGUUGAGGAUGCUGUUAAGAAGGGCGCGAAGAACGAGACUCCUGCCAACGAGACCUUUGAAAACUUCCCUCCCAAUGGAAACUACGUUAAGCCCACGCUUCUCACUGGUGCCAACCAUGAUAUGGUCGUCAUGAAGGAGGAGACCUUCGGGCCUGUGAUUCCUGUGAUGAAGGUCUCCGGUGAUGACGAAGCUGUCAAACUCAUGAAUGACAGUGAUUUCGGUCUCACCGCCAGUGUCUGGAGUAAGGAUAUUGCGGCUGCCGAGAAACUGGUUGAGCGUGUUGAAGCUGGCACCGUGUUUGUCAACCGAUCUGACUUUCCCAGUCCUGACCUCGCGUGGACAGGCUGGAAGAACUCUGGCCGUGGCGUGACCCUUAGCAGAUUCGGAUUCGAGCAGUUCGUCAAGCUCAAGAGCCACCACAUCAAGGACUACCCCAAAUAA